AUGGCCGGACAGUACUUCAGAAACAGGAACAAAUACUACCACUCAUACUACUGGGAAUUUCUCUCCAACUUGGUGGCCAUGCCACUCCACUUCUUCUUCUUCAUAUCGAUACUCCUCUCCGUCGUCGUUUUCACGUGGUACGUCAACUACGAGUCAGCUUUUGAGGAAACGAUGAACCAGGUGAAGCUAUUCUUCAUGCUCUCCCCGCUCAUUCUGCUCCUCCUCCUUCACUUCCUGUCGCCGUCGACGACCUCCGACGCCAACAGCAGAAACAAGGGCUGGUCAAGCCGGGAGAGGGAUUCCCUCCACCGUGCCGGCGGGUCGCCGUGGGGGGUGGCGCUGUUGCUUGUCUUCCUACUCUUCAUGAUCUCUCACCAGUCUUCUCUCCAUGAACGCUGGUUCCCUUUGGUCACCAGAUGCUCUUGA